AUGCAGAGAAGGAAUAAACCAUCAAAAACGUGCACAAACUGUCAAAGGAAAAAGGUUAGAUGUGAUCGGAAAGUGCCAGCUUGCACUGCAUGCUCAGAAAGAGGAUACAACUGCAUAUACAAUGUAAAAAUUGGCCACCCCCAAAAGAAUUACUGGGAAUCGCUGAAAAAACCUGAGCUAAUCGCUACCAUCGAGAUACUAAAAGCGAAACUGGAAGAAAAGGAAAAGUCUUCCUCGAAGAGAAAUCUCUUGACAGAUUUGAAAUACAUCUCCUCAAAACAUGGGCGAGUUAUAUGUUAUGGCGCCACUUCAUUUAGAUUUGCAGUCAGAAGCCCGUCUCUAAAACCGCAUUUUGCUCAACUCUGGGAAAAGAUUAAAACCACAAGGAAUCGCUGGAAACAAGAGAAUCAUUUUCUUUUAGAAAUUGAAUCGAACUCGAUAGAUACUCCUUUAAGCUUUGUAACAGCAGGUUCAAUCUUGGAAGGUCUAUGUGCUGUCUUGCCCAAUUUCGAAAAGGUGACGGAAUGCAUGCAUGUCUUCUUUAACAGUAAUCUCUUUUCUUCCUUUGCGAUAAUGGACCCUUCCAAGGUCCUCUCUGAUGUUCAUUCUUGCCUCAUACACGAUGAAAAUGUUUCAACAGGUUCUCGGAUUACAUCCUUCGAUUUGGGUGACAAGAAGAAUUAUUACAGGGUAGGGAUAAUAACGCAAAUUUUAUGUUUGGUGUAUUACAAAAACAAGGUACCACUUCAAUUACGAUUUUUUCACAACUCCAUCACCUCAUUUGUUUUGAGUAAGGCAUCCUACCUGGAACGAGUGCAAUUUUUUAUGUUGCGUUACAUGUGUUCUAACAUUACGGGAUUUACUGUCGGUGAUGGCGGGACUUGUACUUCCUUAGUCAUGUUAGCAUUCUCUACUGCUGUUCACAUUGGGCUUUUCAAGGAGGAAACACACUGUCAUUUUAGAGAUAAUUCGAUUUAUCUGUACAAUUUGUGGGCUUGGAUUUUGUAUGCUGACUUUGAGGCCUCUUUUGCAGUCGGUUCUCCCCUACACAUUGGCCAGGAAUUUGAAUAUCAGCGCAAGGUCGAAUUGGGGACUUUUCACGUCUUCAAAGACUCGGUCUUAUUUUUUAGGAGAAUAAUGCGGCAGAUCUACUCUCCGCACUCUACGCCAAACUUAGAGAGUUUGAUAUUGGAACUGAAGUCUUUUUUCACUGCACGUUUUGGUACUUUUGCAUCAUACGUAGAGAAUAGUCAUGCAAAACACAUCUCAUUUGAAAAACUAUUCGUUAUGCUACUUGUUUUGCAGAUGAUAUCGAAUUUCUCAAUUAUAGAGGGAAAUCUGUUGGAAAAAGACUCUUUCUGCCUCCAACAAAAUACAUUGUAUUGCCAAUUAAUAUCUCUAAAACUGAUUUUGGACAAUCUCAAUUCAACAUUUGAAAUUUACAAGGACCUUACGCAUACACGCGAACAUGACUAUUCAGUGUCAUUUUCUCUUGCUCUUUGCUUAUACCACUGUAUCAUGCCGAGGUUAACGUACGAACUUUUUUCUGUUCUUUCGAAGCUGGCGUUAUCUGACAACGACGAUUCAUCUACCACAAAGGUUGGCUUGUUCAGAGUGGGCCUCCAAGAUUUCCUAAAACACAUACUCUAUUAUGAAAAAAGUGUUCCAGAACUAAGAGUAGAUGCACUCACUGCUGUCGGGUUCCUCGAUGCGAUUCACCAAAAUUUCAUUGAUACCUCUUCCGAAGAGCUAUUUUUACGGCUAAGACAGUCGUAUUUGUUUGUUUUAAGCGACUCCUUUAUAUUAUCCACUAGGUCUGCUAUCGAAGCGAUACUAAACAAAGAUGAAUUUCAGCAAUCAAUGCAAAAUGAUUUUCAAAUUUUACUCACUGAACCAAUUAUUGAUUUUUUCCAUGAUGAAGAUGUACCGUUAUUUUUGGAGUGUUAA